CUUUCCUGUUUUGAUCCGAAUUAGGCGCUGUUGACCCCCUUGGACGCGGGGCUAUGUCGGGGUCGUUGUUGCUGCCUGAGGCUCCGGCUGGACGGGCCCGCCCCAGUAAGCCCUGCUGCUGCUGCUCACGUUUGGGGUCCAGCUUAACCAGAGAAGCAGCAGCAAGAUUGGAGUUGGGGCUGGGACGUCUGCCGCUGUGUGGAACCCACCCUGCAGCCGCUGUGGGCUCAUCUACGCAGACAUCAGCACCAGUUUAACUUAGCAUGUGUGCACGUGGACACUCUUGUUUCAGUUUAGCUUCAAACUCUUCCUAAAGGACUUAAGCUAAAUCAAAUCAGCCUGGUUCAGAACAGAGUAAGUGUCCACAGGUGCACACUUGCACUGAUUUAACAUCACGUUAAACUAAACCACUGCAAGUUGGAGUAUAGCUAAGCUCUGAAUGAGACAUUACAACCUGCGAGAAGGAGCUGAUCAGAGCCUAACACAAGUCCCAGGCUCCUGGCGUGAGAGGAGCAAUGGAAGAAGGUGUGUCCCCCAUUGAUGAGGAACUGCAGCAAAAGGAGCCUCUUAACUGGUGUGUAGCUGUAGAGAAGAGAGGGGAGCCAGGCUAUUGGAACAGGCUGGGCAGAGACACUGAAACUUGCUCAGAUGAGGGCAUGGUUUUAAUGGUAGAUGAAGCUGUUCAAACUGCCAUCCUUGAAUGCAGCAGGGAACGGAUUGCCCUACUGGGCUUUGGAACAGGUCAUUGGCCUAACUCCAAGCGCUGGAAACUUGUGAUUAAAGUGUUAAUCGCACUUACAUUUUUGAUCAUCAUCAUCGUUGCUCUAGCAGCAUUUAUCGCAGUGGAAAAAUCCAAACCACCUGUGGGUGCUCCGGCCCCCCCUGCGGUGCCCUGCUGCCCGGACGGCUGGAUCGGAUACCGAGGGAAAUGCUAUUAUUUCUCAGAGACUGAAGGGAACUGGAACAACAGCCAGAGCCAGUGCUCUGCACUCAGCGCCUCCCUGGCUGCGAUCGACAGCGAUCAGGAAAAGGAUUUCCUGCUGCGCUAUAAGGGCUUCCUCGACCGUUGGAUCGGCCUCCAGCGGGAGCCAGGCCAGCCCUGGAUGUGGCCCAACGGCACCGAAUUCGACCAGCGGUUUCCGAUAAGAGGAGGCGGUGACUGUGCUUUUCUGAUUGAUGAGAACUGGUUCGGCAGCUCGCGGUGCAGCACAUGGAGACGCUGGAUCUGCAGCAAAUCUGAUCCCUAUACGAUGGGGAAGGGACGUGCUGUGGAGUUAAAACUUUGAGACUCUUAGGAACUAGGCCUGGAAAAGCUUUAUUGGGGAGACACCUUCCACGACCUGAAGAUGAAAGAGGCUGGGUCUUUAUUCCUUACAGACUCUCCCCAGGGCUUCCCUUGGGGUGAUGGGUCUCCAGAGUUAGAUUCCUUGGGGGUAGGUGAUAUUUUCCCUUUGCUCAGUUUAAUCCCAUUAGCUUGAGUUCUCUGCCCCCACAUGGGUUCCGCUUAAUGAGCCCCUUCCCUCCUCAGAUUAUGUCUAGCACAGAGAUUCCCAAACUGGUACAGGAACUUGUUGGAAGGGAUACACCGUAACAAGUUGACCCCUUUAAAUGAAGCUGGUCCAGUGCCCCGUGCUAGAACAGGUAAUCCAUGUUUGACCAGUUAAGAGGUCAGGGCAGCGCUUGGAGCUAUAAAGGAUCAGGGAGAAUCAGCGAGGAGGAGGAGGUCCUUGAAGAAAUCUAUAGGAUGUUGCUAGGGGAAGGCUGAAGACAGGGGAGUGGCAGAGGGAUUUACCAGCUGACGUCUCCAUGCUGGAGCCAGAGAGAGCUGAGGGCCGGGGAACACUGGUAGGGCCGAUGUGGUGCCCUGUUCUGUUACCUUUCAUCUCUAACAGGCCGAGUGCUGGAUAUUUCCCUGAUGAGGACGAAGUCCCAGGGGAGAGGCUGUGGGGGUUCCUCCUGGGAAGAGUGGGUUUGCGCUCCAGCUGGGGUGGCUGACAUGGCAGAAGGACAAGAGAGGACCAAAGAGGCCAGGUGUGGUGGAAGAUGGACCAGAUGUCAUAGGAUUUUAAGAACUAUACGUGCUGGGGGUGAUAAAUGGACUAUGUUUUGGAAUGUUGUUGUGGACUGUUUGCACAAGUUUUUGUAAUAAGCUGAUCCCAGGGAUGGGUCUGAUCUGGGUGGAUACGCCAUGACUUUGAAAAAAAUCCAAUGUUGAUUUUUAGAUUUUUUUUUAAAUUUAAAUUAAAACAAGUUUAUUUUUUAAAAAUAAACCUGUCUGGAAGCCUAAACAUGUCUGUUACAAUAACAUAAUAUAAAUAUAAAACGUAAUACUUAAUACUAAACAAUACAUAUUUGCUGCCAAGUUUUAACGAAGGUCCAUUGAACUGCUGGAAAUCAUGGGCUAUGCACCUGCAACCAGAGUUUGCUGAAGUGCUAAACCGGCUUUUGACAGCAGUAGCCUCUUUUGCAGGUGUAGAGAGAAGAUUUUCUUCUUUUCAGUGUAUUCAACAAGUUCAGUUCAGUGACUAGUUCAUUCAAAGUUAAGAAGCCAACUGGGGAGUUGAAAAAUGAGCUGUUCUGCUUUUAUUUCUCUCCCAAUGAAUAAAAACUAGGUCUGAGAGGACAAGAUCUACUAAGUUCUAAAUCUUGAAGGACAUGGUGACGAGAAAUAAUCAGUACACUGGACUAACUGCAGCUACUACUGCCUUUGUUUAAUAAAUCGGCUUUAAAUGCAAACCAUGUUUUGAUAAACUUUUUUUCUUGUGUAUCCAACACAUUUUAGAUAGUUUUAUUAAAUAAAAUGUUAAAAUGCUGGGUUUUGUGCACUUCUAUUGAAUUUCCAUCCAAAUAGAGCUUGACAUAAAUCACAAGUAAAAGAUUAAUUUGUACAUGUUUUUUAUUACUAGAUGAAUCUGAAUAAAUGUACAGUAAGCUCUGUAAUUGCUCAAAAAAAUAUGUAUGGGUAUAGUGUAGCGUCCUGGUUAGCAAAAAGAAACACCAAAUUGAGUGUAAAGGCUGUAUUCAAAUACAUGCUCAUUUGAAC